AUCAUUCGUUUCAUCCUAGUUGGCAUUUUACUGUAAGAAAUAACCUUCCCUUUUCUCCUGUUUAUCUAUAUUAGUUGGGACUCGUGGAUUCUUACUUUUUCCGUGGCUCUCAUCUUUUGCAAUCUUGAUGGGUUUUGAUGCUCACAUUGUCAUGGAUUUGGCUUGUGUGUAAGGUGUGGGCACUGUCUCCUGGCACCACAAGGUCACUCGUACUCUUCUUGUAAGCACAAGUCUGCCCAGGCCCUGAAAUCAGCCACUCCUCCAAGGAGCCUUUUGGUAGACAAUGGUGUUUAAAAUGAAGACAACCACUGUUAAUAUGUUUUCUUCUAGAAACUUAAUUUUUUAAAUUGUAAUUUAAAUUAAGAUUUUAAUGUUUUUAUUUGAUGGUAUUGUGUGUUUCCCAUAGUAUUCAUCAAAUAAAUGACAUGGAUUUUUGUUUACUGUUGAUAGAUGCAACCAAGAAUAACUGGGAAGUGUCAGCACUUUCUCGGGCUGCACAGAAAGGAUUUAAUAAAGUUGUGUUAAAACAUCUGAAAAAGACAAAGAACAUUUCAUCAAAUGAAGCACUGUCCUUAGAGGAAAUAAGAAUUAGAGUAGUACAAAUGCUUGGAUCUCUAGGAGGACAAAUAAACAAAAAUCUUUUAACAGCUGCAUCCUCAGACAAAAUGAUGAAGCAGUGUGUGGCCUGGGACACAGAGAAGAAGCUCAGCUUUGCCGUGCCAUUCAGAGAGAUGAAGCCUGCCAUUUACCUGGAUGUGUUCUUGCCUCGGGUCACAGAGUUAGCUCUCUCAGCUAGUGACAGACAAACUAAAGUUGCAGCUUGUGAACUUUUACAUAGCAUGGUUAUGUUUAUGCUGGGAAAAGCCACUCAAAUCCCUGAAGGUGGUCAGGGCUCCCCACCCAUGUACCAGCUCUAUAAGCGAACUUUUCCUGUGCUGCUCCGACUUGGGUGUGACGUAGAUCAGGUGACAAGGCAGCUAUAUGAACCUCUGGUUAUGCAGUUGAUUCACUGGUUCACUAACAAUAAGAAAUUUGAAAGUCAGGAUACUGUCGCCUUACUGGAAGCUAUACUGGAUGGAAUUGUGGACCCCGUUGACAGUACUUUAAGAGAUUUUUGUGGUCGGUGUGUUCGAGAAUUUCUCAAAUGGUCCAUUAAGCAAACAACGCCACAGCAGCAGGAAAAGAGUCCAGCAAAUACCAAAUCGCUUUUCAAGCGACUGUACAGCUUUGCACUUCACCCCAGUGCUUUUAAGAGGCUGGGAGCGUCACUCGCGUUUAAUAAUAUCUAUAGAGAGUUCAGGGAAGAAGAGUCUCUGGUAGAACAGUUUGUGUUUGAAGCCUUAGUGAUAUAUAUGGAAAGUCUGUCCUUAGCACAUAUGGAUGAGAAAUCCUUAGGAACAAUUCAGCAGUGUUGUGAUGCCAUUGGUCAUCUCAGGCACAUCAUUGAAAAGAAGCACAUUUCUUUAAACAAAGCAAAAAAACGACGUUUGCCACGAGGAUUUCCACCUUCGGCAUCGUUGUGUUUAUUGGAUCUGGUUAAGUGGCUUUUAGCCCAUUGUGGGAGGCCCCAGACAGAAUGUCGACACAAAUCCAUAGAGCUCUUUUAUAAAUUUGUUCCUUUAUUGCCAGGCAACAAAUCCCCUUCUUUAUGGCUGAAAGAGAUUAUCGAGAAAGAGGAUAUUUCUUUCCUCAUAAACGCGUUUGAGGGUGGUGGUGGCAGUGAUCGGCCCUCAGGCAUCCUUGCUCAGCCAACCCUUCUCCAUCUGCCAGGGCCAUUCAGCCUGCGGGCAGCCCUGCAGUGGCUAGACCUGCUCUUGGCUGCCCUGGAGUGCUAUAAUACAUUCAUCGCAGAGAAGACUUUGGACAUGCUCGAGGUCCUGGGUACUCCAGCACAGUCUUCACUUUUGAAAGCAGUGGCUUUCUUUUUAGAAAGCAUUGCUCUGCGUGAUAUUACAGCAGCCGAAAAGUGCUUUGGCACUGGGGCAGCAAGUAGCAGACCCAGCCCACAAGAGGAAGAAGGGUAUAACUACAGCAAAUGCACAAUCAUUGUCAGGAUUAUGGAAUUUAGCACAACUCUGCUCAACACCUCCCCAGAAGGGUGGAAGCUCCUGGAAAAGGAUUUGUGUAACACAAACCUUGUGAAACUCUUAGUGCAAAUGCUCUGUGAGCCUGUGAGCAUAGGUUUUGACAUUGGUGAUGUCCAGGUUAUGGAUCAUCUUCCUAGUGUUUGUGUCAACCUGGUGAAAGCAAUGAAGAAGUCCCCGUGUAGAGACCUUCUUGAGACUCACCUGAAGGAAACAAUAACAGUGCAGAGCAUUGAGGAGCUUUGUGCUGCUGACUUGUAUGGCCCUGAUGCUCAAGUGAACAGGCCCAGGCUGGCUUCCAUCCUGUCAGCAUGCAGACAGCUUCACAGAGCUGGUGCUUUGCAUGUAAUAGUUCCAUCUGAGUCUACAGAUCUGCAUCAUUCUAUUGGCACAAAAGUUCUUUCCCUCGUUUAUAAAGGAAUCGCACCUCGAGAUGAGCGACAGUGUCUGCCUUCUCUAGACCCUAGUUGUAAGCAACUGGCCAGUGGACUUCUGGAGUUGGCCUUUGCUUUUGGAGUACUGUGUGAGCACCUUGUGAGUCUUCUCCUGAACACAGCAGUGUUGUCUGUGCCAUCCUUGGGCAGCUCACAGAGAAGCAUCAUCAGCUUCUCCCACGGAGAGUAUUUCUACAGCUUGUUCUCAGAAACGAUCAACACAGAGUUGUUGAAAAAUCUAGAUCUUGCUGUAUUGGAGCUCAUGAAAUCAUCAGUGGAUAAUCCCAAAAUGGUGAGUGCCAUUUUGAAUGGUAUGCUAGAUCAGAGCUUCAGGGAUCGAGCCAGUCAGAAAAACCAAGGACUGGAACUUGUGACCACAAUUCUGCAGAACUGGAGGCAGUGUGACUCAUGGUGGGCCAGGGAUUCUGCUCCCGAGAGUAAAAUGGCAGUGCUGGCCUUGCUGUCAAAAAUUUUACAGAUUGAUUCAUCUGUAUCUUGUCAUACAAAUCACAGCUCCUUCCCUGAAGUCUUUACAACAUAUGUUAGCUUACUUGCCGAUUCAAAGUUGGGACUACACUUAAAGAGUCAAGCUGUAAUUCUUCUUCCAUUCUUCACCAAUCUUACUGGAGACAGUCUGGAUCACCUUAAGUGUGUUCUUGAAAAGCUUAUUGUUUCUAAUUUCCCUAUGAAGUCUGAUGAAUUUCCCCCGGGAACUUUGCGAUACAAUAAUUAUGUGGAUUGCUUGAAAAAGUUUCUAGAUGCGUUGGAAUUAUCUCAGAGUCCCAUAUUGCUACAGUUGAUGACAGAAAUUCUUUGUCGGGAACAGCAACAUAUUAUGGAAGAAUUAUUUCAGUCCACUUUCAAAAAGAUUGCUAGAAAGAGUUCGUGCAUCACACAGGUGAGCCUUCUGGAAAGUGUGUACAGAAUGUUCAGGAGGGAUGACCUGCUUUCAAACUUCAUUCGCCAAGCGUUUGUGGAUCGUCGUCUCCUCACUCUGCUGUGGCACUGUAGCCUGGACGCUUUGAGAGCAUUCUUUAGCGAGAUUGUGGUGGAUGCCGUCGAUGUGUUGAAGUCAAGGUUUACAAAGCUAAAUGAAUCUACCUUUGAUACUCAAAUCACCAAGAAGAUGGGCUAUUAUAAGAUGCUGGAUGUGAUGUAUUGUCGUCUUCCAAAAGAUGAUGUUCACUCUAAGGAAUCUAAAAUUAAUCAAGUUUUUCAUGGCUCAUGCAUUAUAGAAGGAAGCGAACUUACAAAGACACUGAUUAAAUUGUGCCAUGAUGCAUUUACAGAGAACAUGGCAGGGGAGAAUCAACUGCUGGAGAGGAGAAGACUUUACCAUUGUGCUGCAUACAACUGUGCUAUUUCUCUUGUCUGCUGUGUCUUCAGUGAAUUAAAAUUUUACCAAGGUUUUCUGUUCAGUGAAAAACCAGAAAAGAAUUUGCUUAUUUUUGAAAAUCUGAUAGACUUGAAGCGCUGCUAUACAUUUCCUAUAGAAGUUGAGGUUCCUAUGGAAAAAAAGAAAAAAUACAUUGAAAUUAGGAAAGAAGCCAGGGAAACAGCAAAUGGGGAUCCAGAUGGUCCUCAUUAUAUGUCUUCCUUGUCGUAUUUGGCAGACAGUAGCCUGAGUGAGGAAAUGAGUCAAUUUGAUUUCUCAACUGGAGUUCAGAGCUAUUCAUACAGCUCUCAAGACCCUAAGUCUAUCACUGGUCAUUUUCGGAGACGGGAACAUCCAGACCCCACGAUCCAGGAAGACACCCUGGAAUUGGAGAUGGACGAGCUCAAUGGCCACGAGUGCAUGACCACCAUGACAGCCCUGAUGAAGCACAUGCACAGAAGGCUGGGCUUCCCUGGAGGAGAAGAGGGUUCAGUGCCAAGAGAUCUUCCUCCUUGGAUGAGGUUUCUUCAUGACAAACUGGGAAACCCAUCAGUACCAUUAAAUAUCCGUCUUUUCUUAGCCAAGCUUGUUAUUAAUGCAGAAGUGGUCUUUCGCCCUUAUGCAAAGUACUGGUUUAGCCCCUUGCUGCAGCUGGCUGUUUCUGAAAACAAUGGAGGAGAAGGAAUUCACUACAUGGUGGUUGAGAUAGUGGCUACCGUUCUUUCGUGGACAGGCGUGGCUACUCCUGCAGGGGUCCCUAAAGAUGAAGUGUUAGCAAAUCGACUGCUUCAUUUCCUAAUGAAACAUGUCUUUCAUCCGAAAAGAGCUGUAUUCAGACACAACCUUGAAAUUAUAAAAACCCUUGUUGAAUGCUGGAAGGACUGUUUAUCCAUCCCUUACAGGUUAAUAUUUGAAAAGUUUUCCAGUAAGGACCCUAGUUCUAAAGACAAUGCAGUAGGGAUUCAGUUACUAGGCAUUGUAAUGGCCAAUGGCUUGCCUCCCUAUGACCCAGCAUGUGGCAUAGAGAGCAUCAGAUAUUUUCAAGCUUUGGUCAAUAAUAUGUCCUUUGUAAAACAUAAAGAGGUAUAUGCAGCAGCGGCAGAAGUUCUAGGACUUGUUCUUCAAUAUGUUACUGAGAGAAAAAAUGUGCUGGAGGAGUCUGUGUGUGAACUGGUUGUAAAGCAGUUGAAGCAACAUCAGAACACUAUGGAGGACAAGUUUAUUGUGUGCUUGAACAAAGUGGCAAAGAGCUGCCCUCCUCUUGCUGACAGGUUCAUGAAUGCCGUGUUCUUCCUGCUGCCGAAAUUUCAUGGGGUGAUGAAGACACUUUGCCUAGAGGUGGUGCUUUGUCGUGCAGAGGUGAUGAUGGACCUGUAUGUCCAGCUAAAGAGCAAGGACUUUGUUCAGGUCAUGAGACAUAGAGAUGAUGAAAGACAAAAAGUGUGUUUGGAUAUAAUUUAUAAGACGAUGGCAAAAUUGAAACCAGUAGAACUCCGAGAACUUCUGAACCCUGUUGUAGAAUUCAUUUCCCACCCUUCUCCAGCGUGUAGGGAACAAAUGUAUAAUAUUCUCAUGUGGAUUUAUGAUAAUUACAGAGAUUCAGAAAGUCAAACAGAUGGUGACUCCCAGGAAAUAUUUAAGUUGGCAAAAGAUAUGCUGAUUCAAGGACUGAUCGAUGAGAACCUUGGGCUGCAAUUAAUUAUUCGAAAUUUCUGGAGCCAUGAAACUAGGUUACCUUCAAAUACCUUGGACCGAUUGUUGGCACUAAAUUCCUUGUAUUCUCCUAAGAUAGAAGUGCACUUUUUAAGUUUAGCAACAAAUUUUCUGCUUGAACUGACCAGCAUGAGCCCAGAUUAUCCAAACCCCAUGUUCGAGCAUCCUCUGUCAGAAUGCGAAUUUCAGGAAUGUACCAUUGAUUCUGACUGGCGUUUCCAAAGUACUGUUCUCACUCCGAUGUUUGUUGAGACCCAGGCCUUCCAGAGUGCUCUCCACACCCAGACCCAGGGAGGGUCCCUCUCAACGCGAGUGCCGGUGGCUGGGCAAGUAAGGGCCACCCAACAGCAGUACGAUUUCACGCCUACACAAACUGCAGAGGGAAGAAGCUCGUUUAAUUGGCUGACUGGGAGCAGUAUCGACCCCCUGGUGGACUAUACGGUCUCCUCAUUGUCUGAUUCCCUAUCUUCCUCCCUGCUGUUUGCCCACAAAAGAAGUGAAAAGUCACAGAGGGCACCCUUGACAUCAGUGGGACCUGAUUUUGGGAAACACAGGCUGGGCCUUCCAGGGGAUGAGGUGGACAGCAAAGUGAAAACCACAGACAGUCGCGCAGAAAUACUGAGAUUACGCAGACAAUUCUUAAAGGACUGAGAAAAACUCAGUUUGAUUUACACCAGAAAAGGUGUUGCUGAACAAAAACGAGAGGAGGAGAUCAAGAGUGAGUUAAAAAUGAAGCAGGACGCCCAGGUCAUCCUGUACAGAAGUUACCGUCACGGAGACCUUCCUGACAUCCAGAUUAAGCACAGCAGCCUCAUUGCCCCCUUGCAGGCCGUGGCCCAAAGAGACCCAAUAAUUGCAAAACAGCUCUUUAGCAGCUUGUUUUCUGGAAUUCUGAAAGAAAUGGAUAAAUUUAAGACGAUGUCUGAAAAAAACAGCAUCACUCAAAAGUUGCUCCAAGACUUCAAUUAUUUUCUUAAUACCACCUUCUCUUUCUUUCCACCUUUUGUCUCCUGUAUCCAGGAAAUCAGUUGCCAAUAUGAAGACUUGCUGAGCCUCGACCCUGCUGCAGUGAGUGCUGGCUGCCUGGCCAGCCUGCAGCAGCCUGUGGGCAUCCGCCUUCUGGAGGAGGCACUGCUUCACCUGGCACCUGCAGAGCCAUCUGCCAAGCGAGCACGAGGGAAGACCCACCUCCCUCCUGACACCAUCAGAUGGAUGGAACUUGCUAAACUUUACAGAUCAAUUGGAGAAUAUGAUGUCCUCCGAGGUAUUUUUAGCAGUGCGAUAGGAACAAAGCAAGUCACUCAGAAUGCAUUAUUAGCAGAAGCCAGAAGUGAUUAUUCUGAAGCUGCUAAGCUGUAUGAUGAGGCUCUCAAUAAAUAAGAGUGGGUGGAUGGUGAGCCUACAGAAGCCGAGAAGGACCUCUGGGAGCUGGCGUCUCUGGACUGAUACAAGCACCUCGCUGAGUGGAAAUCACUCGAAUACUGUUCUACAGCCGGUGUAGACAGUGAGAACCCUCCAGAUCUAAAUAAAAUGUGGAGUGAGCCAUUUUAUCAGGAGGUGUAUUUACCUUACAUGAUGCGCAGCAAGCUGAAGUUGCUGCUGCAAGGAGAGGACGACCAGUCCCUGCUGACAUUCAUUGAUGAGGCUGUGAGCAAGGAGCUGCAGAAGGCUCUUGUGGAGCUUCACUACAGCCAGGAGCUGAGUCUUCUUUACAUCUUGCAAGAUGAUGUUGACAGAGCCAAAUAUUACAUUGAAAAUGGCAUUCAGAUCUUUAUGCAGAAUUAUUCUAGUAUUGAUGUCCUCUUACACAGAAGUAGACUCACUAAAUUGCAGUCUGUGCAAGCUUUAACAGAAAUUCAGGAGUUCAUUGGCUUUAUAAGCAAACAAGGAAAUUUAUCAUCUCAAGUUCCCCUUAAGAGACUUAUAAAAACCUGGACAAACAGAUAUCCAGAUGCUAAAAUGGACCCAAUGAAUGUCUGGGAUGACAUCAUCACAAAUCGAUGUUUCUUUCUCAGCAAAAUAGAGGAGAAGUUUACUCCUCUUCCAGAUGACCGUAGUAUGAAUGUGGAUGGAGGCGGGGAUUCUGGUGAGAGGAUGGAGACGCAUGAGUGGGAAGAAGGAGUUAGUUCCCUGAUCAAGAGCUGCAAGUUUUCCAUGAAAAUGAAGAUGGUAGAAAGUGCGAGGAAGCAGAACAAUUGCUCUCUUGCCAUGAAACUGUUGAAGGAACUCCAUAAAGAGUCAAAAACAAGAGAUGACUGGCUGGUGACAUGGGCGCAGAGCUACUGUCGGCUGAGCCACUGCCGCAGCCGCACCCAGUGCCAACCUGAGCGGCUUCUGACUGUGUUGAAAACAGUCUCUUUGUUGGAUGAGAACAAGACAUCGAGCUACUUAAGUGAAAAUGUUCUGGCUUUCCGUGAUCAAAAUAUUCUCUUGGGUACAACUUACAGGAUCCUAGCUGACGCUGUCAGCAGCGAGCCAACCUGCCUUGCUGAAGUCGAGGAAAGCAAGGCUAGAAGAAUCUUGGAGCUUUCUGGGUCCAGUUCAGAAAGCACAGAGAAGGUGAUUGCGGGUCUGUACCAGAGAGCGUUCCAUCACCUCUCCAGGGCUGCACGUGUGGCUGAGGAGGAGGCCCAGCCUUCUUCCUGGGGCCAGGGGCCUGCAGCCGGGACAGUGGAUGCAUAUAUGAUGCUGGUGGAUUUCUGUGACCAACAGCUCCGCAAGGAGGAAGAGAAUGCAUCAGUUACUGAUUCUGUAGAACUGCAGACGUAUCCAGCACUUGUGGUGGAGAAAAUGUUGAAAGCUUUAAAAUUAAAUUCCAAUGAAGCCCGGUUGAAGUUUCCUAGGUUACUUCAGAUUAUAGAACAGUAUCCAGAGGAGACCUUGAGCCUAAUGACAAGAGAGAUAUCUUCCAUUCCUUGCUGGCAGUUCAUUGGCUGGAUCAGCCACAUGGUGGCCUUACUGGACAAAGAGGAAGCUGUUGCGGUUCAGCACCCUGUGGAAGAGAUUGCCAAUAACUACCCACAGGCAAUUGUCUAUCCGUUCAUGAUAAGCAGCGAAAGCUACUCCUUCAAAGAUACUUCUGCUGGUCACAAGAAUAAGGAGUUUGUGGCAAGGAUUAAAAGUAAGUUGGAUCAAGGAGGAGUUAUUCAAGAUUUUAUUAAUGCCCUGGAACAGCUCUCUAAUCCUGAACUGCUCUUUAAGGACUGGACCAGUGAUAUAAAAGUCGAACUAGCAAAAACCCCUGUAAAUAAAAGAAACGUUGAAAAAAUGUAUGAAAGAAUGUACGCAGUCUUGGGCAACCCAAAGGCUCCAGGCCUGGGGUCCUUUAGAAUGAAGUUUAUUCAGGCCUUUGGAAAAGAAUUUAUACAGGGGUUCUGUAACAAAGCCCUGUGGUUUAUUUUAGGUCAGUACGAUGGCAAGGGAAAGCCAUUGCCGGAAUACCACACACGGAUCACUGGGUUUGAUGAGCGGGUAAAAGUAAUGGCUUCUAUCCGAAAACCAAAGCGCAUCACCAUCCGAGGCCAUGAUGAGAGGGAGCACCCUUUCCUGGUGAAGGGUGGUGAGGACCUUCGGCAGGACCAGCGCGUCGAGCAGCUCUUCGAGAUCAUGAAUGUCAUCCUGUCCCGUGAUGCUGCCUGCAGCCAGAGAAACAUGCAGUUAAGAACGUACCGCAUCGUGCCCAUGACCUCCAGAUUAGGAUUAAUUGAGUGGAUUGAAAACACUGUCACCUUGAAGGACCUUCUUUUGAAUAACAUGUCACGGGAGGAAAAGGCGGCUUAUAUGAGGUACUGGGAAGCCCAACUGCUCCUUUCUCAGGAAGCCAACCCUGCCUGCCUGCUGCUAGAUCAAACCUCACUGACAAAAAUGUCAGGAAAACGUGAUGUUGGAGCAUACAUGCUUAUGUAUAAGAGAGCUAAUCAUACUGAAACAGUCACGUCUUUUAGAAAAAGAGAAAGUAGAGUCCCGGCUGAUCUCUUAAAGAGAGCCUUCGUGAGGAUGAGCACAGGACCUGAGGCCUUCCUGGCACUCCGCUCCCACUUUGCCAGCUCUCAUGCUCUGAUGUGUGUCAGCCACUGGAUCCUCGGCAUCGGAGACAGAC